AUGAGCCUCCUUCAACAGAAAUACGCAGCCCUCAUCAACCCGGACGUCCUCCGAGCCCACCAAAAGCCCAUCCUCCUCGCUACUGGUAUAACCGCCGCCGUUACCCCGCUCCUCGCCUACGCAUGGUCAUGCUACCGGGAAUGGCUCACCCUCGGCCCCGGCGGCAUACCCUACCACUUCUUCGGCUGGCUCCUCCAAACCAGCUUACACUUGAUCGCGCGCUCCGACACCCGGGAGCCCCUACCUGGGCCGUACAAGCGGUUGGAGGACGUAGCCGCCAUGUACGGUGCCGCGGCGACGAAAUCGUAUUUCGGGAACGGCCAGAGCCAGAUUCCAAAGCGCAAGGGCGGCCGCCCUACCAUCCCGACCUUCGUCGCGCCCCAGCGGCAGACAUCGGACAUCGCGCCCGCAGCCGUCGUGGCCGCGGAGAAGGCGUUCCUGGAUGCGCUGGCAGCGGCCAACACCUCGCUCUUCGAGGCCCGGAACAGCAAGCUCGAGGGCCCAUUGCACCAGGCCUUGUGGCUGCGGCUCCCCUCCGCGUCGACCGCCGACGACGCCGAGAAGCAGAAGACCCUCCAGGAGCUACGUACCCGAGUAGGCAGGGGCUCAGACGGGGAGUUCGCCCACGUGCACGGCGAAGGGAGUGUUCAUGUGACGCUCAGCCCGGCGGAUGCCAAGGCUGCGAUCGAGGCCGAGUGGGCGGAACGCCAUCCGAUAGCUGGUGUCUGGGGGUCGCGCGCUAUGGUGCCGUGGGGUUUCGUAUUAGUGUAUGCGCCGCGCGACGAGGCUGAGUUUGCGGUCUUCCGCGAGUUGAUGCUUGCUGGAGCGCGGUAUGUGACCGAGGGUGCUGGAGUUGAAGUUGUUGCUCCGGAGUGA